UGGAUCAUACAGUUGUAGCAAAGCCGGUGGGGCGAGGAGCAGGCCUCGGCGUGGUGGCCAAGCUCACCGCACUUGUAGCACGCCCGGCGAGAGACUGACGACAUGGUGGAUGGGAUGGGUCUGCAAAUGGAUUAGCACGCCGCCAUGACUGGCCACCGCGGUCUCCUUUCAGCAACUUGGUUGACAUGUUUGCAAGCGGCGAGAGCUGUCGGAACCCGAGUAUCGGCCAUAAUGCCUGGGAGGUCCCGAUCCGACUCUGGGAAGCGCGCACAGGUCCCUCGAAGAUUGGAUCAGAGUCAUGGUUGUGAGGGCUUUCGCUUGGAUAUAUGGCCGACAGGAUCUGAUAGGCUCGGUAUCGAGGAGCCCCUCAUCGCGGCGCAAGGGAGGGCCGGUUCCACGGCCACGGUAUUGUGCGACCCGACCAUGUUUGCGUCAUGCGCUCUGCAGAGGGCAAAUGACGUUCCGAUAAACAGACGGUUUGAGAUUGCCUCGCAAUAGCCAUCAAGGUGCGGGAGAUACCUUGAUGGUGACCGAAGGCCCGGGACCCGAUAAAUGCGCGCAUCUGUCCUGCCGCAUGGUAUCCCUCCCAAGGCCCAACAGAUCGGACCCUUGAUCUCGAUCCUGCGAGGG